AUGGGCCAAGAUGCAUCUCCCCCGCUGCCAGAGGGCAUUUUCUCCCUACUAGAUACCGAUUUGUAUAAGCUAACGAUGCAAUGUGCAAUCUUAAAGUACUUCCCUGAUGUCCGUACGUUUACAUGGCCCUCCAGUGUCCAGAUUCAUGCUGACUUUGUCAUUUACGCAGAUGUUACAUACGGCUUCACGAAUCGCACCCCGCACAUGAAGUUGACGCGGGGCGCUCACAAAUGGCUUCUGGAACAGAUGGAUAGACUGGCCAAUGUUCAUGUGACAGAUGAGGAGCUCGCUUUCCUUAGAAAGGAAUGCCCGUACUUCAACGAUGCCUACCUUCGUUACCUGACCACCUUCCAGCUCAAGCCCUCAGAGCAGAUUGAAAUCAAAUUCACCCCUGUCCACGACACCGGUAGUGACGACGAUCUCGGAGAUUUGGAGUAUAUAAUGAAGGGACUCUGGGUCGAGACCAUUCUCUAUGAGAUCCCGCUUCUGGCCCUGACGAGUCAGGCGUACUUCAUGUUCACUGAUAAAGACUGGGACCACAGCAACCAGGAGGAGAAGGCGCUCCGGAAGGGCUGCACUCUGCUUGAGAACGGAUGUAUUUUCUCCGAAUUCGGAUCGAGACGUCGGCGCGAUUACCACACUCAAGACUUGGUCAUGAAGGGACUUUGCGAGGCAGCGGAAGAAGGGAAGCGGAAGGGGUGGAAGGGCGUCUUCUCUGGGACCAGCAAUGUUCACUUCGCGAUGAAGUAUGGCGUGAAACCCGUCGGCACCGUGGCCCAUGAAUGGUUCAUGACCAUCGCCGCCAUCACAAACGACUACGAGAACGCCAAUGAGCUGGCUCUCAGCUAUUGGCUGGGAUGCUUCGGCGAAGGGGUGCUCGGUAUCGCCCUCACCGAUACGUUCGGUACCCCAGCCUUCCUCGAUGCCUUCCGGAAGCCGAUCCCCCAUCACACCACCGCAGGCGUCGGCGAAGUGUCCACCAUGCCAUCCGGGCCCGGGACGACAAGCGAGUCAACCCCCCAAAGCGAAGCCGAAACCAAACCGCCCAUUGCCGCUCCCCUCAACGAGGCUGAGGCCCACCAUUCCCCCAAGACGUAUGCGCAGGUCUACACCGGCGUCCGCCAAGACUCCGGCGAUCCCGCCUACUUCGUCAAGAUGGUCCGCGACUUCUACGACAGGGAAGGCAUCAAGGAGAAGAAGACGAUUGUCUUCUCCGACUCCUUGGACAUCGAGCACUGCUUGGAAUACAAGAUGAUUGCGGAGGAAGCCGGCUUCGCCCCCGUCUUUGGCGUGGGGACGUUCUUCACCAACGAUUUCACACAUAAAUCGGACGAUACGAAAUCGAAACCCUUGAACAUUGUCAUCAAGAUCGCGACAGCCAACGGUCGUCCGGCUGUCAAGCUCAGUGACAACAUGGGCAAGAACACAGGAGACAAGAGUACCGUCCAAGAGGUGAAACAGAGACUUGGGUAUACCGAGCAAUUAUGGGAGGAAGGUGAUGAGAGUAACCGCUGGGCUAAGCAGAGGUAG